GAAACGUAAUUAAAAUAAAAUAAAUAUUUGCUAUUAAUUUUAUAUUUUAUUCUAUGUAUUUUUUAUAGUUUAUUAAUGGCUAUAUAAUUAUUUUUUUUGUUAAUGUACAUUGAUAAACAUGUUGUUUAAUUUUGUGUUUGCACAUGUGUAAAUAGAGGCUUUAUUUCUAUCUCAAUUUUCAAACGUCAACAAACGUCAGAUUAUAACCUCACAUUUCAAUUGUUGUAAUUUCAAAUUAUUUGUUAUUGUAUAAAAAAUUAAAAAAUUAUACAACAAACAUAAAAAGACAACUUGGACUUGGUUUUGGAACCUGAAAAUAUACCAACAGUAAUGGACCCUGAAAAUAUACCAACAGUCAGUCUACAAUUAGAUGACUCAAAAAAUCAAAACCAUGAUGAAAACACAGUUGAUGAUAACAAAGUGGAGGAUGAAAAACCAACCCAGGUGGCUUUUAAAAAGCCUUCCUUGAUGAUUGGUCCACGUCGAGGUAAAAUAACUGGUGUUCGAACAUUGUCAUCUCUAAAGAAAGUCUCAUCACCAGAUGACGAUUCAUCAUCACCAACUGAAAACACAACAGAAUCUCCAGUUGUUGAAAAAUCAGAUAGUGAACAAUGUCAAGUAUCAAUUGAUAAAAAAAAUGUUCCUCUACCUUACAAGGAACCUUCAUGGGGUGGUGAACCACCAGAAAAAUAUCAAGUUGAAGUUUUAAAAUCAGGAGUUAUUCUUGACACUAUUGAUUUAUCAUCACAAAGUUUUUAUGUUAUUGGUAGACUUCCUGUGUGUGAUAUACCUCUUGCUCAUCCAACAAUAUCAAGGUAUCAUGCUAUCUUGCAAUACAGACUUGUUGGAGAUGAGAAAAAUGGUCCUGGCUAUUAUCUGUAUGACUUGGAGAGUACACAUGGUACUUUUUGGAAUGGCUGUAGAGUUAAGCCAAGAACUUAUGUUAAAUUAAAGUAUGGACAUAUGAUAAAAUUUGGUUGCAGUCAAAGAAAAUUUAUCAUGCAAACACCACCUGAUCAGAUAGAAGAAGAAUCCGAGUAUACUGUUACCCAGCUUAAGGAUAUAAGACAAAUGCAGCUCUUAGAACGUGAAAAUAACGAAAAAAUUUCUCAUGUAAAUGCAGAAUUAUUGAAAAUUCAAAAAAGAGAUGAAGAGUCUGAAGGAAUUAAUUGGGGAAUGGCUGAAGAUGCUGAGGAAGAGUCUGAUCUAGCUGAAAAUCCAUUUGCUUUGACAAACAAUGAGGAAUUAUUUUUAGAUGAUCCAAAGAAAACUCUACGUGGUUGGUUUGAGCGUGAGGGUCAUGAUCUUCAGUAUCAAACUGAAGAAAAAGGUAUUGGUCAAUUUCUUUGUUGGGUUAAUCUUCCAAUUGAUUCAACUGCAAGAUCAGUCAGAGCUGAAGCUUUGGUUAAAGGAAAAAAGAAAGAAGCUGUUAUACAGUGUGCAUUGGAAGCAUGUAGAAUUCUUGAUCGACAUGGUGUUCUUCGUCAAGCAACUCAUGAAGGACGAAAACGCAAAUCACGUAAUUGGGAGGAAGAAGAUUUUUAUGAUUCUGAUGAAGAUAAUUUUCUUGAUAGAACAGGAACAGUUGAACGUAAACGUGAACAAAGAAUGCGAAAUGCUGGAAAACUUGAAACAAAAGUUGAAACUUAUUCAUCAUUGGUUGAAAAAUUAUCAAAUAUUAAUAAAGAAAUUAUGAAAUAUGAAGAUAUAUUAAAAAAACAUCAAGAAAGUUUGAAUGCCAUGGAUGAUAAUUCUGAAGAGGAUGCUUUAAAUGCUUUUAUGACAAAUUUAUCAUCAUCGUUGCUAAAUAAAUCAGAGAUAUCAAAAAUGAAAUUUAAAUUACAAAAUUUACGAAAAGAAAAAGAAAGUUUAAUAAAAAUUGUUGAAAUUGCUAAACCAGCAUCUUUGCCAGAGUUGAAUACCACACCAGACGUAGUUGAUAAAUCAAAAAUUAAAACAGAUAUAUCACAAAAACGUCAGCGAACUGACGACAAUAAUACGAAUGUAAAAGUUCAAGAGCCAAGAUAUGGUUUAAUUACAAAUCCAAAGGAAUUUACAAGAGUUUCAAGUGUUGAUGACAAACAAUGUCAUGAUGAAUUAACAGAAACAGUGGUUAAUGAUGAACAUGAAAAACAAGAAACUGAAAUUGAUGAAAAUGUUGAUGAUGCUAAAAUAACCGAGGCUCAGCUGCAAAAAAAGAAAAAGAAAAAUCAAAAGAAAUUACAACAAAGAGCAGAAAAAGCAGAAAAAGCUGGACAUAAAAAUUUGCAAAAUGAUACCUAUGAAGAAGAUGGUUCAGACUGGUUACCACCUCAAAAUCAAAGUGGUGAUGGUAAGACAAGUCUAAAUGAAAAAUUUGGAUAUUAAAAAUAAUUUUUUAAUUAAAUUAUUAAUGUAAAUAUUA